AUGCCUAUUGUCGGUCUGUAUGACCUGCCCACUUGGGCCGUCCUCAAUUCCCUCAAGCGCGUUCUCUUGGGCCUAUCCCGCCAAGUCGCGCUUCCUGGUUUCAAGCUGACUACGCUGCAAGAAUACCGGACCCGAGACAUAAUCCUCAGGAUUAAAGAUCUGGAUCUUGCGCGGAACUCACUGACAGAAAUCCCCCGGAGUCUGCCGCUGGUCUUUCCUGGCCUGUGCAAGCUGAAUCUCUCUGGCAACCCGCUCGGUUGUCUGCCUGCGAGCCUCCGCCAAUGGAAGCUGGUGAAACUGAGCGUGGAACCGCCCACGCGUCAGCCUUCAGGCCGGCGACGGCUUGCUCGCAUCCUGGCCUGCGCAUGCGACCCCCCAACGCUAGCAGAAAGCUGCUUGAGCCGUAUGAUCAAGUCUGCGGCCCGGCCGGGCUUACCAGUUGUUCCCGCCUCUCAGCACCCGCUCCCAGCCCACCUAUCCCGCGCACUUGCGAAGGGACGCCUCUGCGACGACUGCCACCGCUUCCGGUGGUCAGCCUAG